AUGUCUAUAGCUAGUUACGCUCAAGAAUUAAAGUUAGCUCUACAUCAAUAUCCGAACUUUCCAAGUGAGGGCAUUCUGUUUGAAGAUUUCUUGCCCAUCUUCAGAAAUCCAGGUCUUUUUCAAAAAUUGAUCGACGCUUUCAAGCUGCAUUUAGAAGAAGCUUUCCCAGACACCAAAAUCGAUUAUAUCGUCGGGUUGGAAUCCCGUGGGUUCUUGUUCGGCCCAACUUUAGCUAUGGCCUUAGGUGUUGGUUUCGUUCCAGUUAGAAAGGGAGGUAAACUGCCUGGUGAAUGCGCCAGAGCGACAUACCAAAAAGAGUACGGUUCUGAUGUUUUUGAAAUACAAAAGAAUGCUAUUCCAGCAGGUUCCAACAUUGUUAUUGUUGACGACAUCAUUGCCACCGGUGGUUCAGCUGCAGCCGCUGGUGACUUAGUCGAACAAGUUGAAGCCAACCUUUUGGAAUACGAUUUCGUCAUGGAGUUGGACUUUUUGAAGGGUAGGGAUAAGUUAAAUGCUCCAGUCUUUACCUUAUUGAACGCUCAAAAGGAGGCUUUGAAGAAAUAA